CUCACACAGACCUCACAGGAAACUCACAACUUCCCCCAGCCCUCACACACUCAUUCACUCACUCUCUUGCCCCGCUUAUUUAAGGCGGCCUUUUCUUCUUUUUUUUUUUUUUUGCAUAGUCUCACACACACUUCCAGGGACACACUCACGCCGGCUGUACUGACCAGAGAGGAUGGCUGCCUCCAUGUGGAGAAUGAAUGGGCUGUGGAAGGGGAUGGCUGUAGCCCUGGUGCUCUGCGCUCUUCUGCUCAACAGUGGGGUGAUGGGUCAAGACGACGCAGCAGAAGUUACCCCUACGGCACCUCCAGCUGGCUCAGAUCCAACUGCUGCCUCUGGUGACCCAAAUGCUGGUGCUACAUCUGCAAAUGAUGCUCAAGGUGCUGGUGCUCCUACUGAUGCUACCACAGUGUCAGGCACUGGAGACUCUGCUCCCAGCCAAUCUUCUGAAGAUGUGCCAGCUCCAACUAAUCAAAAUGAUGCAUCAAAUGCUGAUGGCCAGAGUGGAGCAGAGACAUCUGGCACCUCAGCGACCAGUGCCUCCCCUGUGGAUUCUGCGGCUCAGAAUGUUCCAGCUGACACAGUGCCUGAUGUGACCUGUGUUGAUAAGAGCGAAAUCGAUGAAAGCAGCGCCAUCAAGUUUUCACUGACCACAAGCGACUGUGAGGAAACUAAAAACCGUUUGCAAGCGCUUGGACCCUGGUGCAAGUCGGAAAAUUGUCAUCUGAAAAUCUUCCAAGAGGGCACCGAGGCACUGAUGACCAGUCCUGAUGCUGACAUGAAAACUUUGGUUAAAGCCCUCGAGAGUGAACAAAUAAAAAACGCGCUGGGUGUGUCAGGGGUUGAGACACCACCACCAUCAUCAGGAUCAUCUGUAUUUGUGGCAGUGCUGCUCACUGGUCUGGUCCUGGCAGCUGCGCUCAUUGGAGGUUACUGCCUGAAAACUCGCCGUGGUACAGAUGCCAAGGGAGUGAGACUGGCAGAGGAAGCCUAUCCGGCAGAUGAGCAGAACCAGGGCAACACUCUUGUGUCCGUCGCUCCUCUUAACCCUCCUCCUGAAACCCAGGAGAAGCCCAGUGUCAACGGAGAGUCUCCUGAAGCCGGCAAGACCCAGCCUCCACCCACCAAUGGCCAAGCCACCGCCAAGACGGCAGACACCGAGCUGUGAAAAAACAUCUAAAAUCUUCCCUAAACUCCUCCCACCCACCCACACACACACACAUACACACACACACAUCUACACCUCCGCCUCCCCUCCCUUAUCCCCACAACCAAAGAGAGAGUCGACACCACAGUGGACAUUCGGAACUGGAACAUUGGCACGCCUCUUGUCAUGGUCCGGGACAACCCCAGUGUAAAGUCAGGCAAAAUAGGAUUGCAGUAUUGCAGUAUUGAGUGAUGAGUGUUGAUGAUGAUGACGAUGAUGACGAUUAUGAAGGCUAAGUCCUUGGGUUGUUGACAGCAGUCAGGCUGGAGACCAGAGACAGGAGACGUGCAGUUGUGGGCGGGGAGGGAGUAUGUUUUAUAAUUAAUCACCACUGGCAGAAUGUGUUGGGCUCCCAUGAUGACUGCAGCCUCUGGAGUCACAGUUGUGUGCUGUCAACACCCUGCAGGGGCCCUACACGCGCUAUCAGCUUUUAAGCUCCAACCAAACCCUCCCCUAUUAAUGCAAGCAAAGACUAAAGAGUAUUAGAUCAAAUUGUUCCUUAGUUUAUCAUAAAGCCAUGAGUGACAGAGAGCAAAAAAAGAACACUGCCUGGAAUCUGUUUACAAACUUCUCAGAGAGAAAACCCAUGGGGCUCUGAUCUUGUUUGAUUGAGUUAUUGAUCGUGUGUAUGUGUGUGUGAGGGUGUGGGUGUGUCUGUGUGUGUGAGUGAGAGAGAGGGAAAGAGACAGAAUAAGAGUGUGUGAGGGGGCAUGUGUGCUUGUGUCUGCAGUCGUGCAGUCCGUAUGUGUGUGUGCGUGUGUGAACUUAUAUUUGUAUCUGUACUGUGCAUGGACUGUAUGUAUCCAUACAUGCAUUUGACCUUUUCUUGCUUACUGUAUGUGUGCGUGUGUUUGACAGUGAGAGUUAGAUUGUGUGCAAGCGAUGUAUCUGAAUGUGCAUGUGACAUUAGCCAUGAAAAGUGUACAAUUUUGUAAAAUGAGUUGACAACGUGACGGCUUACGGAGUUGCAGCUGGCCCCCCCCCCCCAUGGUGAAUAAAGUAGGCGAUGGUUCUCAGUUGGUGCUUUCACCUCGCUAAAAGAGGUAAAGCCACAAGGAAUUGUCCACCUCAUCACUGCAAGCUGUUCUGAGAUCAUUCAAAAUGCAAGCAGGAAAGCAGCGGGCCUCCUCACUGUGGCUCUGUGGCCACUGCUGAAAACCAUGACUGACUGACUAACAGACUCAUAAAGGCCUUGGACUCGGAGCAGAGAGCUUCUCUCUGUCACCUCUGUCCACCCAUUUGUCAGUAUUAUUCUCUUUUCAAUACUCUUUUUAAUCUCAGUAUUCUGUGGUGUAUAUUGUGCAGUGGUAUAUGGUGAUUUUGUUGUUUUGUUAUCUUGUGUUCAUGCUGUGUACUCACCCUUACUUUGUUUUGUGCCAAAGAAUUUCAUUUUGUAGCUUAUGUUGUAAGAACAGAUCAUGUACUUUGUGGCACCUUUGCAAUGUCAGAUCCAUGUCAUGUAAGAGUACAAAGAUGCUCAAGAGUUAGGAGUGUUAG